AUGUUGGUUGCAUCCGGCAGCCAGCGAAGCCGUCGACGUCGACGCCGCUCGCGUAGUGCUUCCAGUGGAAGUUCUUCACCUCGCCUGACGCUGCGACAGUGGAGGCGCUUGGAUGCCGCCCAUUCCGAUACCCGCGGCUCGCCCGGCCAUGCUGGGCCCGCUGCGGCAACGGGCUCCGGUCACGGCGGGCUCCAGAGCACUGCUGCUACAGGUAGCAGUGUCCCUGGCGACAACCUCGGCGCGGCUGCGUGUGCCACGCCUGCUUGGGAUGCCCAGGCUAGCUGCGCAAGCGCGUGGCAUGGCACGCACUCAGGCUCCUGGGGAAAGCCAGACUGUGCCUGGCAAACGAACACCGACUCGUGGCACCAAGACUCCCAGUCGGGCAGCAGCACCGCUUGGAGCAAGAGCCCGCAAUCGGGCGGCAACGCGUCCUGGAGCAAGCGCCCUCACUCAGGCGGCAACUCUUGGAGCAAGCAACCACGUCGAGACGGCAAUGAGCGUUGGAAUGAGCGGGCAAACACGAGUGGCGAGUCGUGGAGCACGCACCCGCGGCGACUCGGAGCUGCCCCGAAGUGGGGCACCAAGCGCGGAGUGCGUGGCAGCGGCUGCGGGCAGACUGCGCGGCGCGGUCCCGAGAACCCGAGCCAGGAGGAACCAGAGACUGUGGAUGUCUUUCCCAGCAUGGAGACACGUGAUGAGGAUUGGUGGUUCUUGGCUCGCGAGUCUGGGAAAAUCGAUCCUGGGCGACCCUUGAGUUGCGCUGAGAUUGUCCAAGCGACGCUCCUCGAGCCCGACCAGGUCAAGCUCGAAGAGUGCGUGGAGUUGCUCCAGGGACGCGUUCGUCGCGCUCCCCGUUCCGUCCUCUACGAUGUUGCUGAAACAUUCGGGAAAGCUGGCGUGGACAUCGGCACGUGCGAGUCCUGGACUGAGACGGGAUUCGGUUUCCUUCGUGCGAACAUCGAGACUGUUCGAACGCCGGACAUCUGGAGCCCGAGAUGGUACUCUUACACCUUCCUUCAUGGUACGACCCUGCCGAAAGCUGCUAACAUCCUUCACGAGAACAUGGUCCGGCCACUAUCGUGGGGUGAUCAGGAUUAUCCCUCUUACGCUUUUUAUGCUCGCGUCAUACAGUCCGACCUUGAGCAAUGGGCCGUCAAGUCUCUCUGCAAGAAGAUCAUGACAGUCGGAAAGGGUCAACAGGGAACGUUGAUACUAGGCCUCGCGCGAACUCCGAUGCAACAUUCGAAGAUGCAAGCUGGUGGAACAACAGUGGAGCAACAUGCCGCCCGCCACGCAUACAUUGUGCGUGGUGUGGAUGGCCGCUUCGCCAUCCGCAGCGACUACGCGAUUCCCACAGCCCUCAUCGUGUACUGGCCCGACACGGGCCGAGUGCACUCGGAAGCCAUCAGUCGCUUUUUCUGGCAUGGGCGGACAAGUGUUCUCGAUCCUCCAGCAUCGCAAUACCACGUGCAGCGAUACGUUCCAGGGAGACUGCUGCACUCUUCCGGGCUCGCCGCUUUUGCGCUCAUCCUCCAAUGGAGCGAUGCAGGGCGCUCGAGGUGUUCUCGGUUCUCCAGCAUCACAAUGCCAGCACAACAAGACCUUCCAGGUGUCCUCGAUCCUCCAAGAUCGCCAUGCCACGUACAACGAAACGUUCCAGGUAGGACAUGGACUAGGUUUUGGGUUCUCCAGCUUGACAAUGCCACGUACAACCGAAAGCUUCCAGGCACCGGCCUGGCGGAGAUCUCCCACAGGCAGUGCUGGCCAUCGUAG